UAGAUCAUUCCGUAGUAUUGCGACGCGCCGGUAACUUGCCAGUGAAGUGACGAUGUCCAUUUUGGAGAUUAUCGAUAGUCCGCUGUUGAGGCAAUAUGUGGUUGUGACAUUAGUAAACCUCAGUGCUGUAGCUACAGGUAUGGGUCUUGGGUGGCCAUCGCCGGUCAUUGUGAAACUGAGCGACACCAAUCAGACAGUCCUGCCGGAGCCCAUCACACAGAACCAGGGAUCAUGGAUUGUCUCCAUCGGAUUAUUGACUAAUAUGGCCACCAAUUUCUUCGUCGUGCAAUUGAUUGUCGAUCGACUGGGGAGACGGAACAGCAUGAUCCUGGUCACUAUACCAAAGAUAGUGGCUUGCUUUAUGUUUAUAUUUGUCGGAGACGUAUGGGUUUUACUGGUUGGUAGAGCCUUCCUCGGUGUGGGAGAAGUCGGGACCUUCACUAUACUGCCGAUGUACUCUUCGGAAGUUGCAAGUAAAGAGAUUCGCGGCAGCUUGGGUGUUAUGCAACAGAUUAUGACCUCUGCAGGAGUACUCAUCAUGCUGUCAAUGGGGCCCUUCGUCUCCUACGUGACCCUGAACACCGUGCUGACCAUCAUCACUGUUCUAUCGUACAUCCCGCUGUUUAUUCUGCCAGAAAGUCCCUACUUUUUGUACUCCAGAGGGAGGAAAGACGAAACACUCAAGGUCCUGAUGUUGCUUCGAGGAACAGAGGACAUAGCUAACGAAGAAAUGAAAGAUUACGAAAUAGCGGCGCAAAAGCACAAGGGUAGCAUCAGCAAAAUAGAAAUUUUGAAGAACCCAUUGUUCAGAAAAUCUCUAGCUCUGGUCUGCUUACUGGCUUUUGGAGCCCAAUUUUCUGGUCUCAAUGCAGUGUCGGCUUAUUUGCAAACGAUACUGGAGUCUACUCAGACGUCGGUGAGACCUGAGAUCGCCUCAGUGAUUAUUGGUUCCAUACAAAUGUUCGCUAGUAUCUGUACAACGCUGGUGACUGAUCGAUUUGGCAGGAAGGUUAUAAUGGUUUCGACUACAUUUGGAAUGGCAUUGGGAAUGCUCGGUUUGGGGACAUUUUUCAGACUUCGGGACGUCGGUGUAACGGUCGGUUUCAUGAACUACGUGCCUUUAAUAUCACUCAUCUUGUUGGUCUUCUGUAAUGGAGCAGGUGUCGGAUCAUUACUCUGGAUAUUGAACGCUGAGCUGUUCGACGACCGCUCUCGAGGCUUCGGAAUGCCCAUCGGCGUCACUGUGACAUCCAUCUGCAUGUUCCUCACCACCAAGUACUUCGCGAGCGUCAUUACAGCCCUCGGACCUGAUGUCACAUACUGGAUCUUCAGCGGGAACUGCCUCCUGUUUGCCCUGUUCAUAUUCUUCUGCAUACCAGAAACGAAGGGCAAGAGCUUCCUUGAGAUUCAGGAAAGUUUAGGAAGGAAGAGAAAUAAAAAAUAUAGUAGUGUUAGGGUUUAGGGCUAUAAGGUUAGGUUUAUUGUUCUUGCCUUGCAUUUUCAACAGUAAUUUGUUUGAUACAAAAUGUUCUUGACUCCCUUGAGAAUAGUUAAUAUUAAUAAUAAAAUUAUUUUCUGGAAUAAAAGCAGUGGGUGCGUUUAUCAGGGUAUUAGUAGCUUUUAUAUUAAGUUUAAUUAAAUAUGUUUACAAACAUUUAUUUUCAGA